AAGAAAUCAAAUCACACAACCCCAGCCAAAAAACCCUAGCACUGUAAGCCUACACCACCGCCGCAAGGAGUGGCAUACUGCCGCGUCCGUCGCCCUCAAAGUUCGCCAUCCGUCCGUCUAUCUAGCUUCCCUCGUGAUCCAAGUCUUCAACCCCUGUUCGUUGUCACCGAUCGCGGCUGCUUCCUCGAGCUCGGCGUCCGUCGUCUUUGUCCGCCGCGCUUCCGUCGCCGUUUGUUUGCCGUUCACGUUCGCGUCUUCGUUCAGCUGUCGUCUUCGUUCGCGUUCUUCGCCGUUCACGUUCGCUCGGCGUUCACUGUUCGCGUUCACUCGCCGUUCUGAGUUCGCAUUCGUGUUCGUCUGGAAGCCACGUUGCUCUGCUUCAAACACUGCGACCAACCCGCGCGCUCCACCUAGCCGUCCAACUGCUCUCUUUUGUUGCCGCCAACCUUGCUCACAGCUCACCUCGGUUCACAGUCACCACUGAACGUUCGCCGUGCUCUCGCCGGAUCCUCCGCGACCUGUGCUCGCGUCUCGCCUCUCUCCACCGUCUGUGCUUGGCUGUUCGCGUCUCGCGGCACCUCCCUUCGCCAGUGAGUGCUCGAGCUGUGUGUUUUUUGCUGCUCGUCUUCCGUGGUUGUUCCUGCCUGCACUGCAGCACCUGUGGUUGUCUCUGCUCGAUUCUGCCUCUCAGUCUCACUCGAGUCGAGUCUCGUCUCAUCUCAGUCACACUGCCGGUGUCUCGUCGUUCGUCAGUCUCGUUGUCGUCGUCUCAACGUCUCGCGGCCUUCCCGGUAUCCUUGUCGCUGGCAGCAGAAGCAACUAGUGGGGUUGUCGCUUUCUUUGUCGCCUUCCGUGGGAUCGUCGUUGCUCAUCGUUUUCUGGUUUGGGAUCCUCGCCCUCUCCGAGUCGCCAUGGACCGUUGAUCGAGUGGCGCUACGAUGACAAGCGUGUGAGGUAUAGCAUCUCCGCCCCACCCAACCAUCCUUACUUAACGUUAACCACAACCCACCGACCACGAGUCCCAGCUGGAGUGGUACCGGAGGAUUUCAUGAACUCCGAGGACUACCUCAAUGGCGAGGACAAAUUAAACGGCACCAAUAGGCUCCACUUUCUUCCCUCUUUGAGGUGGAAGUGGCUCGAUUCCGCGAUUUCAGCGUGCUUGGAUGGCAAUUCCAUUAUUCUCUGCCUCAACCAAUGAGGAAGCGUGAAUGGAGACGAAUAACUUUUCUUGAAGCUUAGAAACAUCUGAUUCCACGAAUAACUUGGAUGUGAAUGAUACCAAAGUAACAAGUCACAUACUUUCCCGCUACCCUGCCCUUGUGGUUGAUAUGAAGAUUUCAAGUUACAACUGAUGCUCAUAAUGUGUUUGAAGAAUUGCUCAAAUCAAAUUCAGCAUGAAUGUCUUGCUCAACUCUGCUUGCAAAUGCCCUUUGGGUCAAAUUAUGAGAGUUUCAAUCUCACUUUAUUCCACAUUGCCCCCAAUAUCAACACCAUCACCUCUCCAGUUGCAAGAGCUGUGCAGUGUUGUUACAAGCACUGUUGGUGGGUUAGAUGAAUUGGAGUUUAGUCUGAAUAAGUAUAGAGAUUCUUUGACUUCAUCUCUUGUAACUCAGGCUAUUGAUUCUUGUAAGCAUGAGGCACAUACUAGGAGAUUGCUCAGGUUCUUCUUAUGGUCUAGUAAGAAUUUGAGUUGUAAGUUAGAAAAUAAAGAUUAUAACUAUGCUCUUCGAGUUUUCACAGAAAAGAAAGACUACACAGCGAUGGAUAUCUUGAUUGGAGACCUGAAGAAGGAGGGUCGAGUUAUGGAUGCCGAGACUUUUGGUCUUGUAGCUGAGACUUUGGUCAAAUUGGGGAAAGAAGAUGAGGCAUUGGGUAUUUUUAAGAAUUUGGACAAGUACAAGUGCUCUAUAGAUGAAUUCACAGUUACUGCAAUCAUUAAUGCUCUUUGUUCUAGAGGGCAUCCUAAGAGGGCUGAAGGGGUAGUUUGGCAUCACAAAGACAAGAUUGCAGGCUCAAUGCUUUGCAUAUACAGAAGUCUCCUUUAUGGGUGGUCUGUGCAGAGGAAUGUGAAAGAAGCUAGGAGGAUUAUUCAAGAGAUGAAAUCAAAUGGGGUUGCCCCAGAUUUAAUUUGUUACAACACAUUCCUCAGGUGCCUUUGUGAGCGGAAUCUUAGACGUAAUCCUUCAGGGCUUGUGCCUGAAGCCUUAAAUGUGAUGAUGGAGAUGAAGUCUUACAAGGUUUUCCCAACCUCGAUCAGUUACAACAUCUUGCUCUCAUGUUUAGGAAAGACCAGAAGGGUUAAAGAAUCUUGUCAAAUACUAAAAAAAAUGGAACAUUCUGGUUGUGCUCCAGAUUGGGUCAGCUAUUAUCUUGUAGCAAAGGUGUUGUUUCUGACUGGCAGAUUUGGCAAAGGAAAAGAUAUAGUGGAUCAAAUGAUCGGAAAUGGUUUGGUACCAAACCAUAAGUUCUAUUACAGUUUGAUUGGUAUUCUCUGUGGGGCUGAAAGGGUGAAUCGCGCUCUUGAACUUUUUGAGAAAAUGAAGAGAAGUUCAUUGGGUGGUUAUGGACCAGUGUAUGAUGUGCUCAUUCCAAAGCUUUGUAGAGGAGGGGAUUUUGAGAAGGGAAGAGAGCUAUGGGAUGAAGCGACAGGCAUGGGGAUCUCUCUUCAGUGCUCAAGGGAGGUUUUGGAUCCUUCAAUAACAGAAGUUUUCAAACCUAAAAGGCCAGAAAAAGUCAGCCUUGAAGACAGUGCAAUAACUAAGCCUCCAAAUAAAGUAAAAAAACUUUCAAGUAAAAUGAAGGUGAUGAGAACAAAAUCUGCUUCAAUGAAGAAGAAAAAGAGAAGAAAUAAAUAAAUAAAUCUACAGCACCUUUAAUGGCUUGAUUAUCUAUAUAGUUGUUCUCUGUUCCCUCUCUUCCAUAGUAUAAAGGCUUGCUUAUCUUGGAUUAGCAUUCUACUCCUGCUGUCCUGCAUGUUGUUCUAGUUAAUUGUUAACUGUAUGCUAUCUCUAGCCUUGGGCAUAUUCUGUAUUUUUUAUACCAGAUUCUGGGAAAUUAUGUAAUUUCAUUUCCUGACAUGAAUUACCUUGGCCAGUCAAUGACAUAGUUUACUUUGUAUUAACUUCAAAUUUUUCUUCAAAUCACCUUAGAAUAUGUGCUUGGACCUUUGGGGGUAUCUGGUUGGGUGGUUGGGAGAAUUAUAGAGUAUUUUCACGGAUUUUAAAAUGGAAAUAUAAUAUUUUCAUAUUUGGUUUAAGGUUUAAAAAAUUAUUCCCAGGUAAAUUUUAUUCAUAAGAAUCCAAAUACCAUCAUUUUAAUUCGCAUCUCUCCCUUGAGUAUGUUUAAUUUUCAUGGAAAUGAAAUCUGAAUAACAAAAGAAAAAGACUAAAUUACCCUUCUAAUCUAACCCCAACCCUCGCAUUCACUUCUCUCCCUUUCUUAUUUCACGUUCAAACAAAACCCUAGUAGAGACCUCUACUCCGCCUCGCUGUGAAUUGAGUUUCCACCACCAUUGCACACUUCAUUCUAGAAGGAAGUUUUCUUUUUCGUUUGCGUUCGUGUUCCAUCAUCUCGGUUCUCAUCACCACAGCUCCACAGCAUCCAUCGCAGCUUCUCAGCUUCGCAAAUCGCAGUCUCCAUCGCAGCUUUGCGUCUCCACCUUAGAUUAGUCGCCGGUCACCGCCAUCCCGUUGCAGUUCUGUCUGAGUUGCCCCACAACUCGUGCUUUGCUUCUCAGCUCUUACUUGCUCUCUCUCUCUCUCCCAGAUUGGUUCCCUAUUGCUGUCAUCAUCGCCUACGCUGUCUUCUUGCAGAUAACCUUUUUUUUUUUUUAAAAGAAAAGAAAAACUGAAUAGAAAUAUUGAUUUUAAUUGAAAAAUUUAUUAUCUCUUAAAAUAUUUUAAUGGUUGAUUAUAAAAUUUCUUAAUAUUUUUAUAUAUUCACUUCUCAGCUUUUUAUCAAGAUCUCCAAACUAGCAUGAAUUUGUAAAUAUGCAAGUAUCACUUUACUGGUUUUUUUGUGUUCUCUGUAGUUAUGUUGGAUGCAAAUGAAGUGUUUGAUGAUUUUUCUCAAUAAAGACUAAAGAGAUUAAGCUUAAGCUUCAGAUUAUUUAUUUGUUUAAUGUUACUUGAUUAAUGUUUCUCCUAUAUAUAUUAGUUUUAUUUUAAGCUUAUGUAUAUAAGUUUUGCUGAAAUUAUGGCUUGUAUAUUAACGCCUCUAAUGGAAUUGGAGCUGGUAGCUUACUGUUUUAGAACUAUCUAAACAAAAUAAAUAAAAGCAAGAAUUAUAUAUUUAUAUAUGAUCCCUGUCUACAAAAAUUUUAAAAAGGGGAAGUAUAUUAUAUUUUAUCAUCAUUGUAGUAUCUUGUGUUCUCUUUUAAAAUGGUCUAUUUACAACUUGUAUUUGUACAUGGUCUUUUAUUUCCCUGGCAUGGUCUAAUUCAUACAUCUUAUUCUUGUUUUUCCAUUUUUAUUUCAUUCGAAAAGUGAUUCCCUGAGGCACUCUGCCAUGAACUAACAAUGAUAUCUUUUAUAGUUCAUUUUUUCAAUACAAUUAAUAGUUCUGUUCCUGUGGUUCUUUUGGCUAUGAAUUUCAGUUUUUUAAAGGAUAGAAAAAAGUUUAUAUAGAAUAAAUAAACAAUAAAAUCUUCUAGUUAAACAUUUUAAUGUUUUCUUCCUCUUUUUUUGACAGAAUGGAUCCCAAAUAGAAAAUGAGAGUUAUUGCUUGCUCAAUUUUACAUUUAGAAUUAAUGAAUGACCUUAUGGUUAUGUUUUUUUUUUUUUUGAUGAUUUGCUAUGUUUUGAUUAUAUUGCAAUUGAGAAAAAAGAAAAGAAAAUGGAAUGAUAAUUAUAGUAGGCAAGAAUUAAGGGAUGUUAGUGUUGAUAGGAUUAUGUAUUUUAGUGAUCUAGCAUGUAUAGAAAACACAAGAAUGGAUAGGCGUGCCUUUCAUGCAUUGUGUAACAUGCUUAGAGGGGUUGGAAGGAUAGAACCAAGUAGGAAUAUGAGUGUAGAAGAAAUGAUUGCCAUGUUUUUACAUAUUAUAGCACAAGGCGUCAAAAUUAGAGUAAUAAAGAUACAAUUUUUGAGAUCUGAAGAAACAAUUAGUAGGAGGUUUAAUGAUGUAUUGCUUGCUAUUUUGAGAUGUCAUAAUCUCUCACUGAAGAAACCUCAACCAUUUAGCCAGAAUAGAAUGGAUGAACGAUGGAAAUGGUUCAAGAAUUGCCUAGGAGCCUUGGAUGGCACCCAUAUCAAAGUCAAUGUCCUUGGGGCUGGUAAGCCUAGAUAUCGACAGAAAAGGUGACAUAACAACCAAUGUGCUUGGAGUGGUUGUUCCCGAUAUGCAAUUUAUCUAAUGCACUGGCGGGUUGGGAGGGUUCAGCGGUGGAUUCUAAGGUCAUUACUACCUAGUGAUGCUGGAUACAUGAAUUGUGAAGGGUUUUUGGCAUCUUAUAGAGGACAAAAAUAUCAUUUUGAGUGAGUUUAAUCCACAGAAUCAAUCUAAUACACCCCAAGAGCUUUUUAAUAUGAAACACUCACAAGUUAGGAAUGUCAUUGAAAGGGCAUUUGGAGUAUUGAAAGCAAGAUGGAGAAUUUUAAGGGGAAGGCCAUUUAUCCUAUUUAAGAGUCAAGGAAGAGUUAUAACUAUUUGUUGCCUUUUGCAUAAUCACAUUAGAAGAGUGAUGAUUGUGAAUCUUAUUGAUGAGAUAGAAAAUCAAAAUAUGCUUGGAUUAGAUGGUGGGACGAUCCACUAUAUUGAGACGAGCGAUGCUUGGGGUAGAUGGAGGGAUCAACUUGCACAAGAAAUGUGGAACCAAUGGAGGAGAAGACAUCACGCUCGAUAAUUGUGUUCAUUUUUCUAUGUGUGAGGCCCAAGCAAACACUUUUUGGAGCGUCUCUCUAUAUUCCCGUAGUGCAUUAGUCUGAUCAAGUAGAACUGAGUUCUCCUCUAGUAGAACUGCCAGAAGGUUUGUAAACAGCGGCUGUCUAUUGCAACAUUGAUUUCAUUUUAUUGAUGCGUUUCUGUUCUUGUACAAGAGUUGUGUAUGUUUGCGUCUUUGUAGCUUUGAUUUGGAUAAUAGUGAAGCUUUUACCUUCUGGUGGGUUUUUUUAUCUCUCUUAUAUUGAGAGGUUUUUUCCCACAUUAAAGUUUGGUGUUUUGUUUUUCUGCCUUCUCUUUAACAUUUUGCUGCUAUUAACUAUUUAUAUAGUGUGCCUAUAAUAGCCUUCACAGGUCUA